AUGGACUCUGCAAAUAUCAAUCAGAGCAACAUCUUCGAGCCCACCUCGUCGGCCUCCUCCUCCAUCAUCCUUGAUAACCUCGAGAUGUCAGAGUCCGUGUAUAGAGACAAAGUCAACGGCUUUGGCGUCGGCUUUGGCCACGAGCUUCCACCACCUCCAACCUCGGGCCUCAAUAUGUCAAUGAUACAUGAGCCCACGCCCGCUCCUGAACCCCUUCAACAUCAAGACAUUAUGGACGAGGGCUGGACCAUUGUUCUCGGCGCCUCCACACCGGCCGGCUCCGAGACGACCCGCCCCGCCUCCGUCUCCGUCAACGGCUCCGUCCAUGACCUCACGGCCUCCAACGUCCUCCGCCUCGAUAUGGAGAACAACGGUCCCGAGGGGUCCCAUCCGAGUGUCAUGAGCCCCGGCUAUCACCCCAAGAGGUCCAACACCCGGGCCACAGACAUGUCCCCUCCGGAUCUCUCUGAAACCUACAGUCCGGCCGCCGCUUGUGACGCGGACGGUCUCUGCGAAAUCGGUGCAUGGGCUGACAUGGCGAUACCUGCUGGGAUCCUCGCCAAGAAUCGACGACAGAUGAUGAAGUAA